UGUUGACUCAUUGAAAGAACACCUUGCUGUUACUCUUCGGAAACUUGAAGCAACUAAGAAGCCGUAACGACUAGCAGCGGUGCACAGGCUACAAUCAGCCACCUAGAACUCAGGCAUGUUCGCAGAGCCUAGGUGCCAAUCUGACUCUAGUUUCUGUCCUGCAGACGAAGCCCUUUCCCAUGCUCAAUUCGACAGCGAUCUCACCAGCCACACGCCAUAUUCACGCUUCAGACGUUGCGCAGGGCAGUCAGCACCAAACUCAAUAAACAGGGUGCCGACGUCGUUCUACGGUCAGCGCAACAGCCAACAGCCCAACUACAUCAGUUUCCAACACUCGACAACCAUCCAAUCUCGAUAUCAGACCAAAGUGAUAUAAUCGCCCCGCGGCGAUCGGCCACGAGGCAGGAGCUCGCGUCGCACCGACCAAUUACACGGCGGCUGUAGACGAGCAACGCAUCAUGAUCGGCAGAGCCUGACAAGAGAACAACAUGAUGUUGUGUUUUGGGUGACUUCACAGCUGCGAAAUUCCCGCGCCUAAAGUCGCGAUUUAGCCUUGAAGAAAUAUCUAGUGAGGUUGAUGUGGGUCAAUCAGGAAGCAGGAUGGCCAAAGAGGAAGAGGAUCUCCGCGCCGAGGGGGGUAGCAUUGCGAU